AUUUUGUGCGAGUAAAUAAUUCGGACAUGGACGUCGUGGAAGUUCCUGUAAAACGAGGAAGAGGUCGCCCUCGUAAAGACCCCAAUGCCGAGGUAUCGGUGUCAGCCGCGUCGAAGCGCAAGGCAAAGGCGGCGGCUGCGGCGGUGGACUUGACUCAAGACAGCGCCACCACUCCCUCUCCUUCUGUGAAGAAGCGCAAAGCCAAGGCUGCUACAGUUGCGGUGGUGGACUUGACCCAUGACGGUGCCGCCCCUCCUACUCCUCCAGUGAAGAAGCGUGCUGCAAAAGGCAAGCAAGUCAAGGCAGCCGUGGUGGAUCUCACGAGUCCGGCAGUGCCGUCGUACUUGACCGACCUGCUCGACACCGGAGGCAUCCGAAGCGUCGCCACACUCCACUUAGGCGGUUCGUCGGCAGCCCCUUCUGUGGAAAUUGCCGAGGUCGUCGACGUUACCGACCCCCCUGUGGUGGUGCCAGAGGACGUGUUGCUCGGGUCGUUCAAGCAUCGAAUCGUUGGGAUCCAGCACUACCACGGUCGAGUGGGGAAGAAGGAAGCCGUGUCUUUGGUGCGGCAGCCGACAAACCAGUACGACCGCAACGCCAUCGCGGUCUUCAACCUGUCGGGGGUGAUGGUCGGGCACAUUCCUCGCGACUUGGCGGCGGUGUCGGCGCCUUUCUUGGACAGCGGCGUCAUGACCAUGGAAGGCAUGUGUCCAUCGGCCCCUGGAACGUACACGAUGCCCAUAGUGCUGUCUGUGUACGGCCAAGAAGCCCAUCGAAGCCGCGUGAUGGAUGCAUUGAAACUGUACGGCCUCAUCCCGCCAAAGGACGAUACGUAUUCAGCGGCGAUUGGGUUGAAGGGAAAGAGCCGGUUCUCACUCGACGAUAAGGAUUCUCUGUUUGCGGGGGAAGUGGACGUGAUGGCGUUGCCUGUGAUGGAUACAGCCCAGCUCCCUUUGACGCUUCGAUCGACGUUGCUGCCGCACCAACUCCAAGCUUUGCAGUGGAUUCAGCAGAAAGAAACUCCGUCGUUCGUUCAAUCGAAUGCAUCUGUACAACUGUGGCAACGACAUGACCACCAAGCCAAACCCUACUAUGUCCACCAAGCUACCCAUACUGAGCAGGACACGAUGCCCGACCUCUGCCGCGGCGGCAUCUUGGCAGACGACAUGGGACUGGGCAAAACUCUGACGAUGCUGACGUGGAUUCUGGCAUCGCAAAAGCCAAACUGUCGCAAAGCCACGCUGAUCGUGUGUCCGUUGUCAGUGGUGCGCAACUGGCAACAGCAAGCCAUGAAUCACUUUGAACCGAAUGCGUUCAGAGUGUUGGUCCAUCACGACAAGACCCGUCUCAGUAACAACAAUGCCGCCCACGCUUACGAUAUUGUCUUGACAACCUACGGGACGUUGGCUUUGGAGGCGCAAAAGGAAGGGCCGUUGCGGCAGACGGCGUGGGACCGCGUGAUCUUGGACGAAGGACAUUUGAUCAAGAACAAGAACUCCCAUAUGUUCAAAGCGGCCGUCCAGCUGCACGCGACCGCCGGGCGGUGGGUGCUCUCUGGCACGCCCAUCACGAAUAAAAUAGACGACUUGGCGGCGUUGAUGGCGUUCUUACGGUAUAAACCCUUUGACGACCAGUAUUGGUGGACCCGCAGCAUUGGCAGGCCGUUGAAACGAGAAGAACCGAUCGGGAUUCGAAAUGUCAAAGCGUUGAUGAAAGACGUGGCCCUGCGACGCACCAAAGCCAUGAAACAAGCCAAUGGACAGCCCAUGGUCGCCCUCCCGCCCUGUACCGUAUACUCGUACCCGAUCAGUUUCAACCCGACGGAGCGGAUGCAGUACGAAGCUCUCGAAGUUGCUGCGAAACGCCACCUCCAGCACCUCCUCGACACCAACUCGUUUGAGCGGCAAUAUGCGACAGUGUUGGAGAUGAUGAUGCGGCUGCGUCAGACGUGCAACCACCUGAGUUUAUGUCCAUCCAACUAUGUGCAAAAACUGCGACAAGGGGUUGCACAAGAAACCCCGUUGUCCACGGUGGAUUACUCGACCGAAGCGGUGCAAACGCUGGUGGAAAUCUUGCGGGAAGCCACAGACACUGGCGAAGACUGCGCCAUCUGCAUGGACCCGCUCCAAGAUGCAGUGAUCACCAUGUGUCGACAUUUCUACUGCCGGCCUUGCCUCUUGUGUGCAUUACAAGCGAAACCGACUUGUCCGCUGUGUCGGCAGGACGUCCAGCCGGCGCACUUGGUGGCGGACGUGGCCGCUCCUCCUUUGGUGGAGAUGGACCAAGUAUUGCCUAGUUCCAAGAUGGAGGCUCUGCUCAAACUACUGCGACUUACUCCCCCUGGCGUCAAGUCGGUCGUGUUCAGCCAGUGGACGUCCAUGCUCGCUCUGACCAAAAAAGUACUGCAGGCCAACGACAUCCCCUCCAUUUCGUACGACGGAUCCAUGUCUCGCACCACUCGAGACCAACAUUUGAAGUCUUUCAAGGAAGAUGGGCCGAAUGUCCUGCUCAUGUCGUUGAAAUGUGGUUCCAUGGGGUUAAACAUCACGGAGGCAUCGCAAGUGUUUUUGCUCGAUCCGUGGUGGAAUACUGCGAUUGAAACCCAAGCGAUUGACCGAGUGUUUCGACUGGGCCAGACGCGCCCUGUGCACGUGUUCAAGUUUGUCGUGGCCAAUAGCAUCGAAGAGCGCGUGGUGGCCAUCCAAACGGCAAAAGCGGCGCUGAUCAAACAGGCGUUCCAAGGCAUCAAGGGGGCCUCGGACAGCGCUGUAAACGAGAAACGACUGGAUAUCGCCACGCUAUUUCAACUCGACUGGCGGCCGAAUUAG